GAAGGGAGAGGGCAGUGGAAUUUGUUCUGAGUAAGGACGGUUAUGCAGAAUGCAAGGAGGAAGAGGAAGCCGAUAGGGGAGCUGGUGAGUCAGAGGAGAAAAGCACAACUUGGCUAGCAGUGAACCUCUCUAAAGCAGUGGAGAAGCCUAAGCUAUUAUCAAGUUCUUCCACUUCGCCAUGAUGAUACUGCCCAAAAAAAUGAGGCCACUGCUGUUUCUGAUUUCCCAGGUGGCCAUCUUUGCCCUGUUGUUCCACCUAUAUGGCCACAACUUCAACUCCCUGUCCACCAAGGCGGAGCCCAAGCCCAUGCACGUGCUGGUCCUGUCUUCCUGGCGCUCCGGCUCUUCUUUUGUGGGACAGCUUUUUGCACAGCACCCGGACGUCUUCUACCUGAUGGAGCCCGCCUGGCACAUCUGGAUGACCUUCACACACAGCACCGCCUGGAGGCUGCAGAUGGCAGUGAGGGACCUGAUCCGUGCUGUUUUUCUGUGUGACAUGAGUGUCUUUGAUGCCUACAUGAAACCCGGUCCUCGAAGACAGUCCAGCCUCUUCCAGUGGGAGAACAGCAGGGCCCUGUGCUCCCCGCCUGCCUGCAACGUCUUCUCCCGGGAUAUGAUCAUCCCCCAGACUCACUGCAAGCUUCUGUGCAGUCAGCAGCCUUUUGAGGUGGUAGAGAAGGCCUGUCGCUCCUACAGCCACGUGGUGCUCAAGGAGGUGCGCUUCUUCAACCUGAAGGUGCUCUACCCACUGCUGAGAGACCCCUCCCUCAAUCUGCACAUUGUGCACCUGGUACGGGACCCCCGGGCGGUGUUCCGUUCUCGAGAACGCACCACUGGAGAACUCAGUCUUGACAGCCGCACUGUGUUGGGGGAGCAUUGGGAGAAACUCAAGGAGGAGGAUCAGCCUUACUCUGUGAUGCAGGUCAUCUGCCAAAGCCAGCUAGAGAUCUAUAAGGCUGUGCAGUCCUUGCCCAAAGCCCUGAGGCAACGCUACAUGCUCAUACGCUAUGAGGACCUGGUCCGGGACCCCACUGGCCAGACUGCCCAAAUGUAUAAAUACGUGGGACUGAAAUUCUUGCCUCACCUCCAGACCUGGGUGUACAACAUCACUAGAGGCAAGGGCACGGGUAGUCACGCCUUCCACACUAAUGCCAGGAAUGCCCUCAACAUCUCCCAGGCCUGGCGCUGGACCUUGCCUUACAAGAAGGUUUCUCGACUUCAGAAAGUCUGCAGUGAUACCAUGACUUUGCUGGGCUACCACCUUGUCAGAUCGGAGCAAGAGCAGAAAAACCUGUCCCUGGACCUUCUGUCUGCAUGGACUCCCUCCAAGUAAGUCCACCAAGAGGACGGAAGAGGCUCUGUUCCCAGCGGGCACCAGCCUCAGGCGAGUUAACUGAAGGCUUCUGAGCCUUAAUGACAUCUCUGCCGGUGUACGUGGGAGCUUGAGUCGCACCCACAUGUGCUCAGGCUGAGAAAUGCUCGUGUCUCUACUCAGGCCUAGAAGAGAUUCAGCAGCAUAUCCCGCCCCUGACAAAGGAGUAUUGACUUCCUUCUCUUUUUGGCCUUCCUCUCCAUGUAUACCUCAAAGACCUGGUGGCCUGGAGUCCUAUUCGGCACCACACAGAUCAGUGGAGUAGAUCCAUAAACUUUUCUGUCCCCAUCUCACCCAGUGGGAAAGGGAAGAGACAGGAAAACCAGGGAAAUGGGUCUCCUGCCAAAGAGCCCACCAGCACAUUCCACAGGGAUGUGAACUCAGCCCACGGAACUCCUGGUGGAUUCAAAAAGGGAACAGAGAACAGUAGUACUGGCAGCUUACGGCGAGCCAGGCCGUCACAGCUAUCCGUUAUUGCAAAUACAAAAUAAGAUCCCUGCACAACAGAGCGAGCUCUUAAAUUCACGGGGGUGACUGGGCCUGACAUAGACAUCAUUUCCCCUGAAGGUUUGCCUAACACGUGGAAGAGUUUGACUCAUGAAGCUGCCAUCCGUUAACGCUAAAAUUCUAAACAGGAUUCUGUUAGGAGUUCCCCCUGUUGUGCUUUCUAAUCAUUUGGUAGUAAAUGCUAACUAAUUCUUACAGGAUCCUAACCUGAUAGCAUAAGCAUCUUUACAGAUGUUUUACACUUUUGCUAUUAGAUAUUACCUACACAUAAAAAAAUUGCUAAG